AUAAUGAUAAUAAUGAUACUCAAUGGUCUUUUAAUACAAUCGAAGGUAGCAAUAAUAAUAAUACAAUCGAAGAUAACAAUAAUAAUAAUAUUCAACAAUCUUCCGGUGAGAAUAUAAUCGAAGUUGACGAUAAUAAUAAUAUUCGACAAUCUUCUGGUGAGAAUAUAAUCGAAGUUGACGAUAAUAAUAAUAUUCGACAAUCUUCUGGUGAGAAUAUAAUCGAAGUUGAUGUCAAAGUUGAUGAUAAUAAUGAUACUCAACAAUCUUCGGGUUCUCAAUCAGUAUCUAACAAUACACUUAAUAAUCCUAUUUCGAAAUCUAAAAAAAUAAUCA